GGUUAUUCAUGGAUGAAGAGAUGUAUAACUUGCCCGGCCCAUCAAAUGAAGAGUACGGCUUAUUAAACGUUUGUGGUUUUAUACUGUUACAAAGGAGUUAAUUCUUCUUUGUAGGCAAUAUGUCCAUACUUCCUCAACAUUAUCAGCAUCAGAAAGUGAUAGUCCUGCUAAAACUGCUGGGGUACAAGAACAUAUGCUUGAUAAGAAAAAAAGUAACAUAAGAGGAAAAUUCGCUAUGUGGGUGAUAUAUCUAGUGAGGAUUUUUCCAUCCCAAAAAGGCAAAAAGAAAUUUCAGAGUUCUGAAAUCUGCCUUAGAAUCCGACAGGAAAAAAUACGUGCCCUCCAGACGACAGUAACAACUUUAAUUAGAAGAAUUAAAACAUUAAGCAGACUGUUGAAGCUGCUGAGAAGCAAACAUUAGACGUCAGAAUCGUCAGAAAAUAUAUUAAAGGUAACUAAAAUCUGUAUGAUCCACAAAGGACUCCAAGCAC